GAGGAAGCCGGGUUUCUGUGCCUAGCGGGAAAGCCGUUUUGCGAAUAUCUGUUGUGAUUGUGCUUUGUGGGCAUUUUGAAAAGGGCAUAUGGUUUUCUCCCACGAAUCGCUCUGCGCUGCAUGUGUGAUGCGGCCGCAUUAGUCUUGCUGUCUUCAUCAGUGGCAAUAUUUGAUGAAUGGCUCUUCGUCGACCUCCUGUGACGGUGCUCAGUGCUGCUGGUGCGAGCAACGGGAUCGCCGCCGCCACCUCCCAAGGCGUGAACUGGGGCAAUGGUGAAAGGACGAAAAAAGCACACCGUGGACCCUGCUCGCAGCAAAAAGAGUGCACCCGCUUCAUCUCGCUCCGGUGAUGGCAGUGCUCCAGUGAAACAGAAGGAUGGCAAAGCGACCGCAGGCAAUGCCACCAGGACUUCACCACCAGUCACAAGAAGCACUCGGAUAGACGACUAUUUCCCCGUUCUGGGUGCCGAAAUGGCGACUGCCGAAGAGGUAGCGAGCGAGCACAGUUACUCGCGACGGCGUCCCAUCAAGAGGGAGCCUCCCUGCCCACUGCAGCAGCUAGUGGAACCUGAGGUUCAAAUUCCGUGCCCGGAUGCGGCGGCACUUCCUGCUGGCCUGAGCCUUACGGCCACGCAGCCACCCUCGCCGCCUACUGUGGACACAAAAAUGCCCGUUGUUGUGCCCAGGACCUACCAAGAUAGAAGCAAAAGUGCUUCCAGAGCUGCGAACAAGCCUGCCACUCAGGUCACUGUGAAGGCUCCUGUGGCAGCAGAAGCGGAGUACGACCCCUCAAAGGUGGCAAAAAGGAGAACGGAUGUGCCGUGCCACUCCUUGACGGAGUACUUCUCUAUCCGAAGAAGUGGACGCAAGACAAAGGCCACACUUGCGAAAGAGAGGCAGAAGGAGGUUGAAGAUGCCAUCCUGAACGGCAUUGAAGAAGGCUUUCAGGUCACAGAGUUUGCUGACAAGGGCCGGGGAGUGACUACGUCGCGGCCACUGAAAGCCGGGGACUUUGUGCUCGAGUAUGCCGGCGAACUCAUCGACGUGCAGGAGGCUAAGAUGCGCGAACAGAUCUAUGCCACUGACUCGUCCAUCGGGUGCUACAUGUACUACUUCACCUGCAGGAACAAACAGUAUUGUGUCGAUGCCACGAAGGAAACGGGCCGGCUCGGGCGGCUCGUGAACCACAGCAAGCGGGGCAACCUGAAGACGCAGACAUGCAUCAUCAAGGGCAUACCUCACUUGGUGCUCGUGGCCCAGCGUAACAUUGAGGCCGGGGAGGAACUGCUGUACGACUACGGAGACCGCAGCAAGGCGUCACUCCAGUUUCACCCCUGGUUGGCAUUGUAGCCAGCUCUCCAAGGUGGCAGCUUCGUAAAGAGCCGGCACAGUAGUGAUCCAGGGUGCACGCCUUUCUGCCGUUUUUUCAGUGCUUCAUAGGACCUUUUCUGCCAGGGCCCUGUCGUUGUUCUAACACACGUGCCUCUUUUAUACGGCUCCCAGAAGCGUUGUCGGCAGAGCAGUAUCGUUUUGAUAAUUCGACAAACGAGGUGUAAGAUGUGUUGACAUACAUAUUAGUCUUGGACAGCAUAGGCAGCUUUGUCUCGUGCUUAGUGCUGUCUCAUGCUUGGUGUGUGUGUUCAGUAAAGACGCAGGAGAACAGACUGGAAUGCAAAGAAAGAAAAGAGGACAGCACUCAUACCAUUGUCUGUGUUCAGGUAUGUGGUCCUUUAUCUUUGCCGAGUAUUGUCCCGAGCUACUCAUUUGUGAAGCUAGCUUUUCGAAUGCAAGUUUACAGCUGAGGGCUAUAAGCACAAGAUGGCUCGGUGCCUUGGCACCUUGCCAUCAUUUGGACAUCGACGUGUGAUCGUUGAAAGCAUAAAGUUAGAAUUCUGCAGUGGUUAAACUAUGCACAUUGGUCAAUAGAUGCAGGAGUUGCCAGAAAAAAUGAAUAGUUCAGAAACCAUGAGCAAGGUGCCAUUAUAGAAAAGUACGAAAAGGAAGAUGCAACGCUGGAUGUCACAAGUAUGUGAAACCUUGGGGGUGCUGCUGCAGCUGCCGGCACAAUGUUGGAUGCACUGAACAAUGCCACACUGAUCACAAGCUCGCAUGUGAUGUAGUACUAGCCAAUGAAUGCUUCUCUGGUAAUGCUAUGACACUUUUAAUGUCCUCUUUGACUCACAGCCAAGUUACAAUUUAAGGCCAGCUUGUUUACAAGGGUGCUAAGCAUUGUGCCUGAACGCUGUAAUAUUUGUGCACUGCAUCACCAUUUAGCUGGUCACGUGGAGGUUGCCUUACUUUCAUUUUAUGCAAGUUUGGCAUGCGUCAUCACUGUGUGAAGAUCACUCGAUAACAAAUGUCAGUACAAGAGAUAGCUAUAUGCAGGCAUAAAAAUUGCACAGGGCGAAACGUUGACCAACAGAUGCAAAAUGCAAUCUAAGAGCGUAUUACAAAUGUUGCGGCCGACCUUGUGAGUGCGGUCAAUAAUUGGUGAACAGGCAGAAAUUCUAUGAUGAAACAUUCAAAAUGUCCAUCUUGUAUUCCAGGAGUGAUGUAAAGGACGGUUAGAAGUUAAUUUCUUGCUAGUCUGUGCUCCUAGUUCUGUUAUUUUUACCCACUACAGAGCAGGUUCCAAGAUUUCGCCAGCUUUGCAAACUGUUGCAUUAGGCCAAAAAUAGGCUCACAAUGACACACAUCGCAUACAUUUCAUUUUGUCUCUGUUUUUUGUUAUGAACCUUCAAGGAACUGCCCAUCUGGCCACCGUCCUAAAAGCUGCUUUCUAAUUCUUUAUUAUAAUUGGGUGCAGUGAUGUCACAAGUGGCAAGUAAAGUGCGCUGUAGCAUUCAGCAAAGGUACUCUUUGCUCAUUUUGCCCAUACUCUUUAGGGCUUACGGGAGGUCACUGGUUUCCUGAAGUGCUCAGCUCGCUAAGUGCAGUUCAUGUUGUUGCAACUUUCAUGGCAUUGUUUUGUACGGCACUAAUCAAAUGGAAAUGUCCUUGACCUGCCUUUGAAACUUAAAAUGUGACGCUAAAAUUGGCUCCGCACACUCAAUUCUCAAGUCUCAAAAUUUUAAAAUGCAGCGCUUGAUCUACUGUUGGCAGCUGCCAUUUGUCAUAUUGCAUGGUAGUUUAUGUACUUGGAAAUACUGAAGUAGUACAGACAAGAUGGACACUAGAGAGCAUACAGUUGCGACACUAACAUUCUUGUUGGAAGUUCGCGACCUGUCUGUAUGUUCCUGCGAUUUUCUUGAGUCUUGCUUGGGCUAGACUAGUAUUCCGAUGUGGCAUACAGAGAAGAACGCAUCACGAUCAUAGCGGAUGUUUGCAUUGGCCAAAUGUAUUCAAGCAAACAAAUUCGGUGCUGCCGCAAGCAUUGUACCGAUGUGAGCACAGAAACUUGUAUUAUUCUGCUAUCACGCAUCAGAAUGAAAGUGCUAACAGCCUAUUGGCUCAUGCUUUGCAUCAUUGUGCUUUGUUAAUGUCUGGCACUUGAGUAAUUGAUGCAAACCACUUGCGAAAUAACCAUAGACAACACAGCAUCGGGAAGUGAAUGUUCUUAGAUUUUAGUUUAAGCAUGUACUAUGCUAUGGUCACUGAUCAUAGCUAAAUCUGCAGGAAACUAUCCGCUUUGUGUACUGGUAAACAAAUGCAUUUUAUUACUUCGCAAGAAAGCGUUCACACAUGCUCUGCCAGUGAUGCAACACAUUGUCGGCAAGUUUGUGCAGAGUGCUCACACACUGCCACUCGAGGAAGUUUGUAGUGUUCUUGUUUUGUUGUUGCUAGUAUUAGUAGUUAAACCAAACACAUUGUUACUCUUUUGGUACAGUAUAGAAAGGCAUUUACACAUGAACAUGUUCCUUUACCAAGCUAUACACUUGCGUGUUUCUGUGUCCAAAGUUUACAUUGUUGCUUGACCUUUUUGCAUUACCAUUAACCUAUGCCCCUGCCUUUUCAGUCUCCAACAGUGCAUUUCAUAGAGCCUACGUGCUGAUUCAUAAUCCUGCGAAUUCAGUUAUGAAAGCGAUGAAACUUAUGUUCAGUGCAGCUUUAGAACGGGAACAACACUACAGUGCAUGCAAGUUCCCCAAUUGAACAAACUUCAUCGGAAGUUUUUAGCAUAGAUAAUGAAAUGUGGAGUGGAAUUUUUCGUAUAUCAACAGCAGAUUGCUAACUUGUGUCCAAAGCGUUUUGUACGUGAUAUACGCCUAACUAACAGUUGACAAGAGGUCGUAGCUCUGCUCUUGUGUGCAUAUUAAUACCCUUGUACAGAUCACCUCUAGUUUCGUUCUCUUGGUUUCAUGGUGGAGGCACGCCACCUAUAAACCUACAAUAAAGUGCACAGGUUGAGAACUACAUUUAUGUCGCUAAUUAGUAUUCACAGACUUGGCACAUACUGCAAGUGUGAACCUCCUAUGCUCGUUUGUUGCAAUUGUACAGGCAUGUGCCCUCAUCAUCUUCUCAUGUUUUCGACGGCCACUUUGGUUGUCCUUCACCAGUAUAAGUUAUUUUUCAACCUCAUUAUUUCUCAUUAUCCUUAUUACUGCACACAAUAAAUACAAGCAUCUAUACCA